CCCUCCGCUCUGCCCUGAACCAGGCUCCCUGCUCCUCGGUGGUCACUCUCCCCGCUUCUCUCCGGCCUCAACCGGGCCUCUAAUGGCGGGUCUCCCGGUGACUGACAGCCACUGAUUGCGUGAAUAUCCCCCCCGCAUGUCCGUGGCGGGCUUGCGGGGGCGGGCGGUGAGCUGACGGUAAACCGACUCACCGUGACUGGAACUCCUCUUAUUUUACUGUUUUUUUUUUUUAACGGAGUCUGGUGUGGACUCUCAGCUACAACUCCACCGAACACCGACCUGAAACACAUGAACUCUGGGGCGAUGGCGAGGCCGAGCCACAGUGAUCACGUCCUCCAGCAGCUCAACAACCAGCGGGAGUGGGGCUUCCUGUGUGACUGCCUCAUCGCCAUCGGUGACAUUUACUUCAGGGCGCAUAAGGCCGUGCUGGCAGCCUGCAGCUCCUACUUCAGGAUGAUGUUCAUCCGGGACCAGCAGGGGGCAGGCCGCCUGGACCUCAGCAACAUGCAGAUCAGCGCAGAGUGCUUUGACCUCAUCCUGCAGCUCAUGUAUCUCGGACGCAUUGUCGUGGGGAGCUAUGAGUUCGAUGAGCUCAAGGCCUCCAUGGCCUAUCUGCAGAUGUACUACAUCCCUGACUCACUGGAGGAUCUCAGGGACAUCAGAAGCUCCAACCUCACCCCCUCCUCCUCCGCCUCCUCCUCCUCCUCAUCCAGCUCCUCUACAGGCCCCGCCGGUGGGAAAAUGAUGUUUGGAGUUCGCAUGUACGAGCAGCAGAGGCCUACUGCGCCGGAGGGGGAACGUUUACCAAAACCUGCCAGCAGCAGCGCCGGACGUCCAGCUGUCCCGGCAACCGUCACCAGACCAGUGGUGGCGGAGGAGGUGGUGAACGCUCCUCUGAUAGUGGCACCACCAGCUGUAGAUGGAGCAGGCGAGCAGCCAUGUGACUUGAGAAAGAGAUCCGGUGGCAGAAGUUCAACCCUCAAAGACCGUCCUCGGUUUGGCCGCACCUACACCUGCGACGACUGCGGCUUUGUCUUCAGCUGUGAGAAGCUUUUAAUCGAGCACAUCCUAACCUGCACUAACCGGAAGGCCUAUCAUCCACCAAGAGGUAACGCCGAGGGUGACAAUGACUCCAGUAAAGCUGAGAGCUCUGCAUCUGAGAGCACAGAGGAACACAGGGUCCACUGUAAAGGUGAAGACGACUGGCCCGAGGCCAAGGCUGACUCUGACCUCACCAUCAGGUCAGUGGCAGCCGGGACAGACGCCGAGCCCGGAUCGACCAGGAGCAUCUCCAUCAAGACAGAACCAGAGGAGAGCAUAUUCCCUGAGAUUGAGGUGGUCAGGGUCGGUGAGCACACCACCAGAGACUGUAGCACACGGUUCAGUGAUACCACACGUAAAGACUUGCUCAGAGAGAAAACCGGAUCGGACCGUGAACCAGAGCCUGGCGUCUCAGGUUUGGAGAACAGCAGUGAGCCUUUUGAAGUCCACAUGUCCAGCAGUGAUGAUUCAGGGAUUCCUGUGAAGCUUCGUAAAGUCAAAGAUGAGAAGCAGGAUGCUAACUGUGCCCCGUGUGAACUGUGUGGUGCUCUGUUAACAGAGGAGGACAAGUCAGCCCACUACCUGUCCAACCAUAUGGGCCAUAUAUGUGCCUGUGGACGGUGUGGCCAGGUGCUGAUCAAAGGGCGGCAGCUCCAGGAACACGCAGAGCGCUGUGGAGAAUCCCAUGGCGGGGAAUCGGACUCCCAUGGGGAGGAUGAGGCGUCCCUGCUGGAGGAGCCGCAGGGGAUGGAGGAGGGCCUGCUGGAAGCUGCUGACCUGGCCUGCCCUCACUGUGGUCUCCUGUUCCAGAACGAGAGCCUAGCACUGGAGCACACCUUGUCCUGCCACGACCAGGAGCUGUUCCGCCCGGUGCUUCUGGAGGAGGGCGCCGAACCGGAUCACCGUCGCAAACACUUCUGCAGCAUCUGCGGCAAAGGCUUCUACCAACGCUGUCACCUGCGGGAGCACUACACCGUCCACACCAAGGAGAAGCAGUUCACCUGUCAAACCUGCGGGAAGCAGUUCCUGAGGGAGCGCCAGCUCCGGCUGCACACCGACAUGCACAAAGGCAUGGCACGCUAUGUGUGCCCGGUCUGCGACCAGGGAACAUUCCUCAAACACGACCACGUCCGACACAUGAUCUCCCACCUGUCUGCUGGGGAAACCAUCUGCCAGGUGUGUUUCCAGAUCUUCCCUGGUGGAGAGCAGCUGGAGAAACACAUGGAUGUCCACCUGUACAUCUGCGGCGUCUGUGGAGAAAAGUUCCGCCUCCGUAAAGACAUGAGGAGCCACUAUAACUCCAAGCACACCAAGAGACUAUGAACGAUCCAAACCGUCCUCUGCAUUUAUACUAGUUUGUUACUUAAAAAGCCAUAAAUGUGAGAACAAAUGUAUGCACUUGAACCCCAAAAAGACAACUUUUUAAUCUGCACUUUUUAAGUAUAUGCAUAACCUAAACGGGCGUUCAUACUGCGAGCAGCGGGGCUGGUGAUUGGUUGCUCUGUUAUGACUCUGUAUCAGUCUGCAGCUUUUUACUUUGAUAAGAUGACAGUACGUUAAUACAGCUCAGAACGGUGUGCAUCACAUUUUCAUCGCUUUGAAUCAAGAUUUUAUGAGAUGUUUACUUCUUGUCGUCGGUCAGAUAAAUGCCAGAAUCAAUGUCUAGAUGAAACAAUCACGUAAUGGUGGGAAAUAAUCAAGUUUAGAAACAUGGCUAACUGUUAAAACGUUCAGCCUCAGCCGCUGGUGGAGUUAGACGCCCAUCAUAGCUAACCAGCUAAAUAGCUAACAAGUUGUAUAUUAUUAUUGAGAAUAUUUAUAAAGAAGCUGGGUUUUUUUUUACACAGGUGAUGCAUGAUGUUUGCAUUUCAGGAAAUUUGAAACAUCAAUCGGAAGCAGAUCUUUAGUUCCCAGAGUCUAAAAUUAUUCUUUAAGCUGUAACAAACCCCAAAGAAAUAAGACAAGAAAAUGAGUUGGAAUUGGUUACCAGACUGUUAAAGUUUGGUCAAUUAACUCAUCUGUGAAUCGACAAAUCAUUUUAGCACUAGAAUGUACCAAAGUCUUGUUGAUAGGUGGAGAGAGAUGGACUUAUCAGAUAAACUUGUCUCCGGCCCACAGUUCAGCAGUCCUGUCGAGAAAAAAUCUCCCAUCAUGCCCCUCCACCCGACUGGUUCACAACUGUGUUGCUCGCAGUGUGAACUCAUGGUAAGACCGGCAGUGAACUCCAAAAGAAACCGAAACUGGUGUUUCCUCAGGGCGCUGAAGGGAAACGGCCAAACGCUUGAUGUGGCUCCCGAACCAGGGCGGUGAACAGAGGCAGCGUAGAGAUGCAUGAAGAGCGGUGAUGACGACCAGCUGAGUUUGUUUUUGGAGUGAAUUGCCCGGGCGGCAGUGCCUCAAGUUCGAGUCAACGUUUUCUAACUUUUGAUGUCAACUCAUGUCCCAGAAUACUAAAGUCUCUGAAGACGAAACAUGUUGAGUUUUUCAUGUUGUAGUUAGUGAGCACAGUCUGUGGAUGAGGACUGAACUCUGCUUCCUGAUUCUUUGUUUUGUGAGUUUGACACCGCACUGAUUCGUACUCCUCCUCCCUUUACUUUCACUUGCCGUCCAACAUGCUCUGUGAUUGGUGCCUUUACUGUAACAGUGGUGCACACUAGCAGCAGUGUGUCUCAGUCUUUUUCCUUACUGUCUUCUUCACAGUGAUGCAUGAAGGGGGUGGACAGUCACAGAUAACACCCCCCACCACCUUUUCAAGGUGAAUCUGUAAACGGCAGAUUAUGAAAAUAAUCAACAACAAAACACUAGAGAUGGUCUGCUUGCUGGCACCGAGCUGCCGGACUGAGAUCAUUUUCUGUCUGAAAAACAAGAUGUUACACUUCGACUUACUCUAAUGCCUUAUGAGUCAUGUAAAGUUGUUUUCACUGCAGUUGUGCUCCUGUCUGAGACUGUUCACCACACCACAUAUGAUCAGAACAACUUCCAACACAGAAACCAGUUAUAAAGAAUCCUAAAUCAGUACUCAACCAAUCCAAGCCAUUUCACAAUCAACCUGAACCAGUUGACCCCAACUGGGUCAUAGCCAUCCCAAACAUUUCACAUCCAGCCUCAACCAGUUUUGAACCGGUUUAAAUAAUUUCUAAUCCACCUUCAAAACCAGUUCCAAACAAAUAAUAACCAAUUUACCGGUCUCUAACCAGGCUAAACCAGUUUCAAACUGACCUAAACAAACCCAGAAUCAACCUAAACCAGUUCAGCCAUAAUCAGACCUUAACAAAACCAGUUUAGGGUAAAUCCUAAAUUCAUGGCCAGUUCAGAACUAGUUCAGAACCAACCAAAACCAAGUGCAAAAAUCAACAUCUCAGAUCCAGUACGACAUCUAAUCGAAUCCAGCCUCUUUAAACUCAACACAAGUGGCUCAGGUCCAGCACUGACCAGCCCAGAACCCCCUUCACCAGUCCAAACCAGUUUCAAACUAACCCAGAACCAUUUUUAAAAACCUGCCUAAACCAGGUGAGAACCAGUCCAGACCAGUGAGGACCUACGUAUCCUCUCUGUAUUUGUCCUGGACGCCUGUAGUGUUGAGUGUGUUUAUUUGAAAUUGAUUUAAAGGUGAUAUUUAUAAGAGUUGAUUUACAGGCUCGUUAAACACCAAAGGAGAUGAAAUGAUUCAUCUGGUUAAAUGCUGUGGCAGCAGACGUCACCUUACUUGGACAAUUAUUUGGACAAUCAGUUUAGUCGAGGAGGAUUUGAGUUCAUGUGGAGAUAAACUGUCUGAGGCCACUUUAGCCUCUGAACUAACAAAGUCUUGAACAUCUGGAUUUGAGACGUGUUCAGUGCUGAACAAACUUAAACCAGUUCAGAAUCAAACUACACCACUUUAGUUAAACCCAGGCUGCUUCAAAACCAGCUCAAACAAAUUCAGUCCAGAUCAGAUCAGAGCCCCUCGUCCAGUUCAGUACCGACUGGAGCCAGUUCAAAAAGAAGCCUUAGUGUACUGGGUAGUCUCUGCUGCAGUCUCUGUAGAUGACUAUCACUUUGUUAAAAUAUCUUCUGAACCAGGAUCUAGGCCUGAAAACGAUCCUGGAAAUCCCCAUAAAACCCUGGAGACUGUGGAUGUAGAAGCUGGUGGACAGAAAUGUGAGAAUGUUCCUUUUUAAAAUGGUGUUGGUGCGUCUGUCAGAUCCAUCAGCUGUCCGUCUGUCUGAGUCCAGGUGUUGGAGAACGGCGUUCAGCCUCUCUGUGUUCAGGUCGUUUGUUGCUCUGAAGCUUUUUCUUGCUGAUGUUCAGUUUGUGGAGUUUUGGAAAAAUGUCGUUCUGAUCUCUUUGGAAUAAACACAAGUCUUUCUUAAGCUCUUAAUAAACCAAGUGAAUUUCUGUUUGUGAAGAAACAA